AUGGAAAAUUACAGUUUGUUUUCAACACAAUCUCUAGAAAAGAACUAUUUUGGAAAUACAACAAUUACAUAUAAAUGGGUAAUUGACAAUAUGGAAACAAAUUCAAAAGAUUUUCGGUUAAAAAGAAAAGAUUCAAAAAUUUCAAAAAUAUCUUUUAAUGAUAUAAGUGGAGGAAAAGGAUUUGUUUCAAAUGUAUAUAAAGUAACUGUUUUUUUUGAUAAUAAUGAUGAAUGUUGUUAUGAAUUUAUAUUAAAAAUUCCUAUCUUUGACCAUAAUACUGUUCUUAAAGAUCUUGGUAUGGAAAAAGAAAAAACAAAUGAUUGUGACUUUGUUAUCAAAUAUUUAAUUAAAUUACAUUCUCAAGAGUGUCUUUUUUAUUCAAAAAUCGUCAAUGAAAUUAAGGAUCUUAAAGUUCCAAAAUGUCAUGGUUGUUGUGAAGUAAUACCUUUAGAAAAAUCUGGUGCAAUUAUAAUGGAUCUUAUAGAUACUUCUGAAGCUGAUAUUAUAUCAAUCAAGUAUUCUUAUAAUAUUGAUCAAGCGAAAUCGGUUAUUGAUGAAAUAUUUAAGCUACAACUUUUUUCUUACACUGAUGGUAAAAAUUGGAAAAGUAAACUUCAAUAUAAAACAAACGUAAAUUUAACAACAGUACUUAAAAAUAUCGUUAUAAUGCAUUGGGAAAAUUGCAAAAAAAUAAUUCCAAAAUACCUUCUUAAUGAAAUUGAAGAAGAUUUUGAAUGCUUAUUAUCAAAUUAUCCUGAAAUUGGUAUAUAUCAUAUUUAUCACCUUCCUGAAGCUCAAGGAGAUAAUGCUGUAAUUUGCCAUGGUGACAUGUGGAUAAACAACAUAAUGUUUUCAAAAGAUUCUAAAGGAAGAUUUACAAAUGACGUUAAAGGAAUCAUUGAUUGGCAAUUGAUUUAUGAAGGUGCAAUUGGUGUAGACUUAGCACGACAUCUUGCUGUUAAUUGUGAUCCAGAUAUAAGACAUGACAUUGAAAAUGAAUUUCUUCCAGAAUAUUUUAAUAAAUUAAAAAAUGAAGUUAUAAAAAGAAAUGAAUCAUUUGAUAUGACAUAUGAAACAUUUAGACGAAUUUAUGAUUUUUGUUAUAUUGACCAAUGUGUUUAUAUUAUUAUAUUUAUUGGAAUGUGUAUUAGACAAUUAAAUUUAUUGCAAGAAGAUACCAAUAUUUGGGAAGCAAAAAAAUUUUUUUUCUCUUCUAAAAUAUAUUUUGGUAUUCGUGACGCCGUUGAUAGAGUUAAAAUAUUAAAACCUGAAUGGUUAAUAAAAAAAAAUUAA